CAGUUAAAGUCUAUCAGUAAUAAUUGAACUAGUAAACUUACAGGUAGCAACAGGACAUGGAACACCAGCAGGUUUGCAGACAACAGUAAGAUCCUCUGGUGAGCAAUGGAAACCAUAUAAAAACACUGUAUAAAAACAGUCAGGGUGGAGAAAUGACCAAUGAACAAGAAGAGCUAAUCAGGUGAAAUGUGGAGCAGCUGGUGGAAAGGAGAAUGUGUAGCAACUGAAGGAGGGAGGCUAAUAAACAGAGAUGAGUGGGAACAGAGAAAAGUUCAGGAAAGUAACAAAUAUUUAAACCCAAGAAUGAACCAAACACCUAAUCUACCAUAAAUGAACAGAAAAAAAAACCUCAAAACUCAAACUGGAUGACAAUAUUCCUACCAAAAUAUAUUAAAAGAAGGGUAAGGAUGCUGUUAGCACAACUAGAUUUGAUCAAAUAUCGUAGUUUAUUAUGUUUGAGUGAGUCAAUUACUUGUCUUUGUAAUGCCUGAAAGUUUAUGCUACUCUUUACACUUUGCACAGCCUCUCUAACAUGAUGAGCAUCCCCCAGUGUAAACAUGAAAGCGCACUAACCCGUAUAAUGUAACAGUAGUUUAAUGAAGACAUCAGACACCAAAGAGGACAAGCCAAAAAUCUAUGCGUGAUGUCACGGAUAGGUCUGCUGAAAUCCAACACCACCAGCUGCUUAAUAGUAUGAUGGGUGAAUGCGGGUCCACUCGCAUCGCUGCAAGUCGAGGCACAUAGCUUAAACCACCGCCUGGAGGAGAAGACGCACACAAACCGAAGACAUUAUCUGUAUCCGUCAGGGCAGCCGCGUUGAUUCAGCCACAGAUUACCCUGACGCAGCCAAAGCCGCUUCUCUUUUUUUCCUGUUUGCUUGUGCAACUGUUGCGCGUCUUCACUUUGGAUAGAAACAGUCAUAUUAUCCUCCUGUGCGCCGCAGAGCGCACCAGAUUUUUAAACUUUUUGAAAAGUGGGAGACAUCCCACCUCCCGAGUGCAGUGCGAUGAAGAGUUUCUGAAGUGGCAGCUUCUUUCCACUGAGUCCACUUUAACGCUUCCUGGCCGUUUCCAAAGGGGCAGCCCAUGUGCAGGCAUCUCAUUGAGUGUGAUUCUAUUUUCGCCCAGAUCUCUGCUUCCUGGACAAAUGCAUACAAAUGCAUUUAGGAGCCCAACGGACAAGGAGUGGACACGUUUCCGCGGCUGCAACGUGGAACUUUCUCCUGCUCCUGUCACUAUGCUCAGCAGUACCUUCUGCAGAAAACAGCUACUCUACUCAAGGAGUGGAUAUUCUCUAUCAACUGGGGCUUACAAAUCAAAGCAGAACAGACAAGUCCUUCGAGAGGACAGCCUCACCUCAUACCACUUACACCAAUGUCCCCCGGCCUUCGAAUAUCCCAGUUCCUGGAUAUGGGGUUGUUUUCAACACAGACUCCAUCUAUGAGAUCCCGGCAAGCAGUCUGUUCCAUUCAGAGUUUGGAGUUGAGUUUUCUUUUGUGAUUAGCCUGAGCUCCUGGCGAGCCAACAGUGCUUUUGUUUUUAGUGUUAAAGAUGGCAGGGAGAGACUGCAUUUUGGCAUUCAGCUGCUGCCACAAAAGGUAGUAGUCUACACUACAGAUAAAUCCUCCAGCUACUUCACCCACAACUGGCAGGAUGGAAAGCAGCAUGCCUUUGCUGUUGGUGUUCAAGAACGUUCAGUGUCCUUCUACGAGGAUUGUGGAGCAGUGCAGCAGCGAGAGCAGACCUUGGGGAGAUCUCAGAGACUGGGAGAAUCUGGGAAUCGCUUUACUUUGGGUAGGAUGAACUCAAAGGCAGCUCCUUUUCUUGGUCGACUCUGCCAGUUAGACAUCUAUCCCUCAGCUCAAGCUGCUUCACACUACUGUGACUACCUUAAAAAACAGUGCUGGCUGGCCGACACUUAUCGAUUGCAUUCGUCGCGUUCUGGUUUGGAUUUUGAAGCCAAUGAGCAUCCUUCUAACCCUUUCAUAAAGACCCCUGUGGAAGUAGCAGCUACCGAUCAAGUUUCUGAUAAACUUACAACAGCUUACAAACUGUUGCUAAGUAGUCAAGUUGACACACAGUCUUCAACUCUGAGCCCAACAACACAACUACACCCAAGGGAACAAAGCCACAUUUUCACACUGAAACCUUUAACCUUCUCCAAACCAGAUUUGCUUGAGCCCAACAGCCCAACACAAGCAACUCUAAGCAGGCAAGCAUUGGACUUUGCCCACAGUAGAAUGAUCACCACUACAAAAAGCAAGUUGGCCAAAAAGAGUCAACUCAAAGCAGAAACAGAUCUCUCAGAUAACAGUACAGAGGAAGAGAGCGACUCUAAAACUCUAAAUAUUCUAGAAGUUCCUCCAGCUCUUAUUUUUCCUGUCAGGCAAGGUCCAAUGAAAGAAGGACUCAGGAAAUACUUUAGGGACUCAAGCCUCAGGCCUCAACACACUCAUAAAAUUCUGGAGUCUCAUCUAAAAGCCAAUGAUACCACUUUGUACAGAGAAAACCAGGUCGACACUGCAGAACAUCAUGCUUUGGAUGGCAGCUAUGAAGACAUAGACUAUGGAGGAUAUGAUUAUCCAUAUGAGGAGCCAGAAAUCUUUUAUGAGUAUGAAGAUGGCUUCCACGGUCCCAAAGGAGAGCCGGGUCCUCCAGGUCCUCCUGGUCCCCCUGGUUUACCUGGUCCUCCUGGAAAGAGAGGUUUAAGGGGUCCAACUGGUCCACGUGGAAAACCUGGACAACCUGGACCACCUGGUCCCAAGGGUUCAAAAGGAGACCCGGGGCUGUCUCCUGGCCAAGCUUUACCAGGGGAAAAGGGUGACCGAGGUCCACCUGGUCCACCUGGGCCAAAGGGAUUUCCGGGACCACUGGGUCCUAAGGGUUAUCAAGGUACACCUGGCCCGCCAGGGGAACAAGGCAUACCAGGACCUCCAGGGGAGUCUGGAGCUGCAGGUUACCCUGGCAGGCAGGGCUUAGCUGGGCCACAAGGUAGCCCUGGACCUAAAGGUGUCCGCGGUUUCAUUGGGCCUCCUGGUGUUGCUGGGCCACCAGGGCUGGAGGGGGAGAAAGGCAUUCCUGGUCCUGUUGGAAAACCUGGCCACAAAGGAAGACACGGUGUGGUGGGAGAUGUAGGGGAGAAGGGACCACCUGGUCCAGAUGGCAACCAGGGGCCUAUUGGUGGGUCUGGUAUUACUGGCUUUCCUGGUUUGAGGGGGGAUCUGGGGCCAGAAGGACCACGAGGACUGCCUGGUAUGGUGGGACCUCAGGGCCCAGCAGGAAUCGUCGGCCUGCCCGGAUUGAAAGGUGAUAAGGGUGAAGUGGGUCAAAGGGGUGAGCCAGGAGAGAUGGGCUACCAAGGCGACAAGGGUGCUGGUGGAGCUCCUGGUCCUACUGGCCCCAGAGGAAAACCAGGACCACCGGGUAGAGUUGGAGAAAUUGGGACACAAGGACCACCGGGUCCAGCAGGACCAGAGGGGUUUCCUGGAGACAUUGGUGUGCCAGGCCCCAAUGGCCCCCCUGGACCGAAGGGUUUACAGGGUGCAAGAGGGCCCCUAGGCCCGCCAGGGCCGAAAGGAGUACAGGGUGAUGAAGGCCCACCCGGGCCACUUGGCAGCAUCGGCCCAACUGGGAGAUCUGGGAGGAAAGGCCAUGCAGGUGAACCUGGACCUGAGGGCCUACCGGGAGAGAAAGGGGACACCGGAGAUGUUGGCAAAAUUGGACCACCGGGUCCAGUUGGCCUAAUUGGGAUAGCUGGGGUGAUGGGAGUUCCCGGUGAAAAGGGUGACCGAGGGCUACCAGGUCCAACAGGUCUUGUUGGAGAGAGGGGGCCAAGGGGUUACCCAGGAUCACCAGGAAGUCCUGGGGACAAUGGCAUGCAAGGUUCACCUGGUCCACAGGGACAGAGGGGAAUUCCAGGAAUUGCGGGGCCAAAAGGGAGAAGGGGGCCCAGGGGUCCAGAUGGCGCAACAGGAGAACCAGGACCUGAGGGCACCAAGGGUGAAAAGGGUGAUGUUGGACCAAAAGGAGAACCAGGAUUCAUAGGCAAAGCUGGCAUUCCCGGAGAAAGAGGCCCUCCUGGAAAGCCCGGUAAGCCAGGUAUCCCAGGGAGCACUGGUGAGAGGGGCCCUCAAGGGGAACCAGGAUCUAAAGGACCAACUGGGGAGCCUGGACCUAUUGGAGAGCAGGGACUUGAAGGUGUUCCGGGUGAAGAGGGAGGACCAGGUGCCAUUGGAGAACCAGGGUUAAAGGGUGAUAUUGGGCUUCCAGGGGCUGAAGGGGAACAGGGACAGAAGGGAGACAGAGGUCCACCUGGUCCCCCAGGGGAUGAUGGCCCUCAGGGGAAAGAUGGAGUAAAGGGUGAACCUGGUGAGCCUGGGUCUUUUGGGGAGCUGGGGGAAAAAGGGCUAGAAGGAGAUCCAGGGACCCAAGGACCCGCAGGAAUACCUGGGAAACAGGGCUUCCGUGGACCAGAAGGAAAACUUGGUCCUCCAGGACAAAGAGGACGCCACGGAAAGAAGGGAGAGAAGGGUCCUCCAGGUGUUGUUGGUGAGAUUGGGUCACGUGGGGAUAUCGGCCCACCAGGCGAGCCAGGGCUGAAAGGUGCCCGGGGAACCCGAGGCCCACCUGGUCAACCAGGAGUCAUGGGGCUUGAAGGGCAACAAGGACUGCCAGGAUAUCCAGGGCACCCUGGCAAACCUGGGCCUAUUGGACCACCAGGAUCCAAAGGUGAAAAGGGUUAUUCAGGCGAGGACAAUAAGACUCCAGGACCACCAGGGCCCUUAGGUGAACCAGGGCGUCCAGGAGAGCGCGGGGAACGCGGGGAGCCAGGAGAUGAAGGAUACCAGGGUCAUGUUGGUAUUUUCGGACCUCGUGGGAGAACUGGUCCACCAGGUCCGCCGGGACUACCUGGCCAGCCUGGAGAAGCAGGCGUUAAGGGAGAGAAAGGACCUCCAGGCUCAGCUGGAAAGAAAGGAGCAAGGGGUCUGAAUGGAGCCCCUGGAGCUGCAGGCCCAACUGGUUUACAAGGACUCAGGGGACUGAAGGGUUAUCCAGGGCCAGAUGGUCCUCCAGGAGUGACUGGCUUAGCAGGUCUGCCAGGAAAACAAGGGCGAAAGGGUCAGCAAGGCUUGUUGGGACCAGAUGGGCCUGCUGGACAUCCAGGUCCCAGGGGAGAAAUUGGACUUCCUGGAGCACCUGGAGAAAAAGGACCAUCUGGUCAGAAGGGAGAACUCGGCCUGCCUGGAGAUAGGGGAGCUUCUGGAAACAAAGGGAUGGGGGGGGCAGUAGGUGACCAAGGCAGGAAAGGUGAUCCAGGAUCUAAAGGACAACCAGGAGAGUCUGGAGAUCUGGGAAUGGUUGGUUUACAAGGCUUUCCUGGGCCAAAUGGCCCAAACGGUGACUUGGGAAUGAGAGGCAUCCCUGGCCCUAAAGGACCUGUAGGUUCUUUGGGGUUUGCUGGACCUGUGGGCCCUGAAGGAAUGAUUGGUCCCAUUGGAAAACCUGGCCAAAGGGGUCCAAAGGGAAGCAAUGGUGAAAUGGGGCCUCAAGGACCACAUGGAAGUCCAGGACCACAGGGACCCCCUGGCCCCCCUGGCCCCACAAGAUAUAUUUAUGAUGACUCAGCUCUUCACAGUCAGUCAGACACCGAUGCUGCACUCAGGACAGAGAACUUUCAGAACAUAGAAAUAAGCUUGCCAGACCAAAAUGUGGAGAUACUUAAGACCCUGCGUUACCUGAGUGGCGUGAUUGAGAGCAUCAAACAGCCUCUAGGCACAAGGGAAAAUCCGGCUCGUGUCUGUAAAGAUCUCCUGGACUGUCAGCACUUACAACUCAAAGAUGAUUGGUUCUGGAUUGAUCCAAACCUUGGCUGUACUUCUGAUGCCUUCAAGGUCUUCUGUAACUUUACUGGAGGUGGACAGACUUGUUUACACCCAGUGGCCUCUGAUAAGCUGGAGUUUGGGGUUGGGAAAGUCCAAAUGAAGUUUCUCCAUUUACUGAGUUCUGAAGCAAGCCAAAGCAUCACAUUUCACUGCCUGGGUGAUUCAACCUACAACACCAAAGACAAAUCCAGUUCCACCGGACCUGUGCAAAGAGAAGACUCCAAACCCUGGUUUAUUGGUUGGAAUAAACAUAUAUCUGAAAAAGACACACUACUUGAACCCAAUCUGAUUCAGGAUGAGUGCAAGAUUCAAGAUGGCAGCUGGCACCAGUCCCGUUUCUUCUUCCACACUCAGGACAGUUGUCAGUUACCUAUUAUAGACAUCCAGGAAUUUUCUUCCUCGCUGCUUAACUAUCAACUACACAUAGAAAUUGGUCCUGUCUGCUUCCUCUGACCCCAAGAGUGUGCUGUAACCAGCUCUCAUUAACCACUCAAGUCCACAGAAGCUCAAACACACCUUUUUCUCAAAGAGAUGCAUCCUCAGCUAGAUCCAAGGAUGAGAUCCAGAGAGUUGGUGGUUUUUCUUCUUCUUUUACUUCUGGUUUUUCUCUUUCAGGGUUCGCCACAGCGAACCAUCUGUCUUCAUCUGCUCAUUUUCUCACACCUCAUUGAUGUCCCCUUUCACUCCAUCCAUGAGACUUUGUGAGGUUAACAAAUUCCAGGUGCAGAGAACUUGGUGGAGAAUUCAUGUUAGCUAGGCCAAAGAAGAACUGUGCUUUCAGAUAUUUAUGAAAUAAAUGUGUAAACGAUGGUUUGUUUGACAUUUCUAUAGUGCUUAGGCUCACUUCAUAUGGCCCCUUGUUAAUCCCCAAACACUGAGAAUGGCCUCCUAAUGCAGCUGCCUAUCCAAAUUCAAAACCUUACACAAAAAGCCCACCCAGACCAUCCUAUGCAGGGGUCAGACCAAAAGGAAUGUGCCAGGCUUCUGCACUGAGCACUGUUUAUCAAAAGUGAAUGCAAGUGCAAUAGUGUGUGGAAACUAUGUGAAUUAAAAUACAAAGUCCCACCUAAGGCAGUAUUUUAGCCGUUUUCUGUGUUUGGUCUUGCCCAGUUGGACUCUGACAUCUUGACCAACGGUGCUCUACCUCUACUGGGUUAUUUGCCUUCUAGACUAGUUGCUAAUGUCAAAUAGUGUUGUAUGUACCGGUUACAUCAAGAUUGUUUGUGUUAUACGAGUACUUAUGUUGAUUUGGUCAUUUCUAAUUUAUGAACCAAUUUUUGAUACAUGACACAUUUUUGUAGCUUUUUCUGUUGUCGGUAGGUCCCUGAACCUACCAUUGGUGCUGCAACAAAUGACAAGUCAUCAACAGUUCCUGUGUAUAUAUUUUCAGCAUAUUUUUAUUUUUUAUUUAUAGUCUUUUUUUAAUUCACAUUGCUGUAGCACGGUAAAUUAUACUCUCAGAUGAAUUGUUUGGCCAAUCACAACUCAGUUAUUUAUGUUUAGAAGGUACAUUUGAGUGUUCACACUUGUGACUGUUUAUCAAACUGUUUGUCACAUUCAGAGGUGGUUUGCUGACUGGCAGCUAUCUUUGGCCAGAGUCAAACUGUCACAAUAUUCUUAAGUUAUAUUAUCAUCACUGAAAGUGUUCUGUAAAAUUUGUGGAGCAUAACAAUGGAUGGAAAUGUGUAAAUAAAGAUUUGACAAAUAAAUAAACGGUACACUUUAUCCACA